AUGGCAUCAGUGGCGCCGCCGCCGUGUCUUGGCCGUUGGUGCGGUACCUGCAGCUCCAGUGGCAGGAUCAGAGAUAGUGCUUCUGAUGCUUCUGUUAACAGAAGGUCUAAUUACUUUGUGUAUCUUUGGUUCUACACCGCUCCACAUCGGCUUUUUCAUAUUUGCUGCCAUUGCUCCUCCAAUUGUAUUAUGCCGAAAAUCAUUAAUGUUCUGGUCGUGAGGAAUGAUCUGAAGAUUGGUAAGGGGAAGAUUGCUGCACAACUACAGUGCUCCGUCCCCUCUCGCAUGCCGAGGAAGGACUGGACGGUGCUCGCUCUCCUUAUCUCGUCGAUGAUCAAGAAGGAACUAGGGCACCAAUAUGCCGUAGUCGCUGCAGGGAAUUCAAGGGCCGUGACGACUAUGGCCGUAGGGAAGGGGCACCGCGACGACAAAGGCUUCAGGGAGGCCUUGACCCCGCUAGCUGCUGGUGCUGGCUGUAGGGAUCAGGGGGGGCUCCACCACGUUCUUCGCAAGGAGACAGCGCGUGGGGGAAGAAGAGAGGCCGUGGGAGAGAAGGAGCCGCGACAGGAGCUACAGGCCGCGACCUCUACGUGA